AUGCAAGGGUUCGUUGAUAGUACGAUUGAAAGGGCGAUGAACGAUGUAACAAAUAAAUUUCAACAUAAACUCGAGAUAUUGAAGGACAAUAAAAUUGUUUUAAAACUAUGGAAUCAUUACAAAAACUCGUAUCAUAAAGUCUAUCAAUCUGUCAGCGAAGAAAAAGAUCGUCUUGAAAAAUUCAUUGGUAAUCUCAGAUUUAUCAUCAAAGAAAAUCUUCGUUUUGAGAAAGGUGUUAAGUCGUUUAAACUCCAUCUAAAUGAAUUCGGUGAUAUGAAUUUAUCCGAGAUGCGCCAGAAAAUGGCCGGCCUUCGAGUUGAUUACUAUGUGAAAUCAUUGUCAAUAAAUCAACGACCAAAACGAUUUUUGUUCGAUUCUGUAAAGAAAAAAAUAAACAAAUUCAAAGACAAAAUCAAGAAGAAAUUCCAUCCAGGAAAAGUUAGAAACGAUUCCAACACGUUCGAUGGAUCAGACAGGUCUACCAGACGAACAACGACGAAGAAGAGAGUUUCUGCGUCCAAGAUUGAUUAUCGACCAUACAUGAAUCCCAUCGUGAAUCAAGGUCAAUGUGGAUCUUGUUAUGCAUUUUCUGUCACGGCCGCCAUCGAAGGUACUUAUGCUUUGAAAACCGGUCGGCGCAUUCAACUCUCUCAACAACAAAUUGUUGAUUGUUCAUCUAAUUAUGGGUGUUCCGGUGGCUUUUUCGAGACCACUUUUCAGUAUAUUAAACAAAAUGGUGGUCUAGAAUCGGAUACAUCUUAUCCGUAUGUCGGCACUCAACAAUCGUGUUAUGCCAGAUCAGCCAACAUUGGCAGCAUCCAAGGAUUUGGAACAACUCCACGUGAUGAUGAAGAAGAAAUGAAACGGGCUCUAAUAACAUAUGGUCCAUUAGCAGCUGGAAUCUGUAUCACAGGUGAUUUACAAUUCUAUGGUUCAUCGGAACAAGCUGGUGCAUCAGAUAUUAUUGAUAUUCCAUCGUGUUCGAAAGCAAUCAAUCAUGCGAUCACUAUUGUUGGUUUUGGAACCGACAAUGGUAAGGAUUAUUGGCUUGUACGCAAUUCAUGGGGCGAAAACUGGGGACUUAAUGGCUAUUUCAAAAUAGCACGCAAUAAGAACAGCAUGUGUGGUAUCGCUACAUAUGGUUACUAUACUCAGAUAUAA